AUGUUUUCCGAUAAUGGAACCACCUUCGUAAGCGCACAAAACCGACUUAGUGAAUUCUACAAAAUUUAUAACGGGCAACAAAUACAAUCGGAUAUUAAGCGAUUCCUCUAUGAUCAGGAAAUUUCUUGGAGUUUUAUACCUCCUAACAUCCCUCAUUUCGGCGGGCUUUGGGAGGCAGCAGUUAAGUCUGCAAAGUUUCACAUGGCCCGAAUCAUAGGCAAUGCUCACUUGACAUUCGAGGAGAUGCAGACUUCACUCUGUGAAAUCGAGGCGAUUUUAAAUUCACGCCCUAUCACGCCUUUGAGUUCGGAUCCAAAUAACUUAGAAUAUAUCACACCGGGUCAUUUUCUGGUCGGCACAGCUCUAAACAGUUUCCCUUACAGCGAUCUAAGCAACGUUCCUGAGAACCGCCUCGUGCGCUGGCAAAGGGUAGAGCAGCUUUGA